AUGCUUUUAGAUCCUCGAAUUCUAGGAACCAACAUAGAGACGGUUACGUUCGAGAAAUUUGUAAAAUCCGUCUUCUAUGUUGGGAAAGGUACGGGUGGCAGGCCACUCGACCAUUUCCGGGAUGCGAGAAAGGAGCUGGAGAAGCCUCCAAAUGAGCAAGACUUGAGCGAGAAGUAUCGGAGGAUUGGAGACAUAUGGAAAGCAGGCUUCGGUAUUCCGAAGCAUGAAAUUUAUCAUGGAGCGUCGGAUCAUGAGGCAUUCGUACGAGAAGCCUGCAUGAUAGAGACCAUUCAAGUGACUAACUUGACAAAUAAAAUGAAAGAUGGAUUCCACGGUUUCACCAAAAAAUGGACUUUGACCACCAAAACGGAGUAUGGAACAUGGUUGCUGGAUAGGUGA